AUGUCGCACCAACCCAACCUGCUCCGCAUUUCCACCUCCACCCCUGCAUGGAGCCAACCUUCAGCAACGCCCUCAGCACACCACCAGUCCGCCCUUCCUCCCGAUUCCCAGUACUACCAAUUCACUGACGCAGAGCAAGAAAAAUUUGGAGAGCUCCUUGAAGUAUCUGUCCAAGGUCGUUCGUCUACCCCAUCCAUGACCAAACGAGACCGCGAGACCUGGGCAGCCACCAAGCUCCCAUCCCCGGUUUUUCUUGCCGUCGAUUCUCCGCAUGGUAAGGACAGCGUGGACAGGUGGUUCAGUACAGAGCAUAAGUUUGAACAUACCUGGAUAUUUUUGCUGAAGAGCCGCUACCUGAGCCAGACCGACCUUGCAACCCUCUUCCACGUGUGCCCAUCCAUCCAUCUCCUCUCCCUUCUCAUCCAAGAACACCGCUUUGUGGACUUCCGACCCCUCCAACAACCCAUACCACCAAAUCUGACCCCCAGCGUUGCCAUGCAUCGAUGGAGCCGCAUGUUCACCGCAUGCUUACUCCACUACGACCUCAGCAUCCCAACCGCAGUCCGCUUUGUUGGCAACAUCCACACCGAUGCCCAUCGCGACUGGCCCACACUCGAACCCAUUCUCCGUGAAGCCAAUGUUGACCCCUUCCUCAUCACCCAGCUCAAACGCAUCUUCCUCGAUGGCGCCCCCAAAUACGUCAAUGCGGAAUCGACCGAUGAGAACCUGCGCACCUUCAUUGCCUACGGUAAUCACAAGACGGUUUACGACGACGUGAGCAAAACACAAAGCGCAGUCGAAAAAGACAUCCUCCGCAACUACCUUCUGGCAGCCAACCCAGCCCUACUUCCAUACAUCCGCGACGCCCACACUACUCCCCUCGGGUUGGUUGAUGCAUGUCACGAAUAUCGCAAACCCCGUAUCAUCUUUGAUGCCACCCACCAUCCUUCCCUGACAGCCAUGGCAGUUAACGAUUUCACUUCUAAAGAAACUGAACCGGAAAUCUGCUUCCCGAGGUCAUUUCCCAACUUCUUGAUCUGGAUCUACAACCUUCGCAUCACCUACCCACAAGAAGAAAUCUACAUUUGCGACGAUGAUGUCUCUGGCGCCUUCCGCCAUGUCAAAUGGAACCCAAAUGUUGUUGGCAUGCACAUGUUCAUGCUAUUUGGUUUCCUUUUCUUCUGUACGGGUCUCUCAUUUGGCGACAACACCAGCCCAGCCCAAUGGGAAGUCGUCGCCAUGGUCCGCCAGCAACUUGCCCAAUCCCUUUGGUAUGCUGCCGUAACCACCAUCCCACGAGUCGCAAAAUACCUCCCCAAGCUGUCCCUUGCUCCCCUUCCAACGCCAUCAGACAUUGCCGCUUUCACUCCUGCCGAGCCCGACUCUAAGAAUCAAGGAGUUUUAAAGGCAGACGGAUCCCGCAAGUCGCCGACCUUCGAUCACCAUGUUGACAAUUGCCUCUACGCCGACGUGGCCCUAUUCUUACGCCAAACCAUUUCAGCCAGCAUCCUUGCCCUAUACAUCCUAUUGGGAUUCCCCAACCCAUCCAACGGGAUCCGCGAUUGCAUAUCUUGGGAAAAAUUUGCCAACACUUUUUCCCACGAACGCAAAACAGUUGGAUGGCUCAUCAACUUGAGAAGAAUGACAGUCCGUUUACCUUCCAUCAAACGGGACCGCCUCCUUAAACUCCUUUCAGAAACACUGGCCACCCCGUCACUGUCCCUUCGCGAUAUCGCGAUUCUUCUAGGGCACGUUUCAACUGCAACCACCGUCUGUCGAUGGAUGCGUUGUUCCUACUUCAACUUGCAACGUGUCCUGAGUCAAUUUCUCCGAUCCCGCCACCAAUCCAUCAAACACUACAUGAAACGCAACGACAAAGUCCAAAUCAUCUCCGACCAACUCCCUCCAUCCCUCCGCUACCGCCUUGCUUCCCUUAUCGGAAAGGAAGCAGCUACUUUCCUAUGGAACGCCAACAAACGAUUCCGCCUUGACGAACCUGUGCUCCGCAAACUCCAAGCCAUCAAGCACAGCCUCGAAACAGAGACAUGGGAAAUCUACAUUCCUCAAAUGAUCCCUAGAGAUCCACAUUUCACGUCGUACGGAGAUGCUAGCUUCAUUGGAGGAGGCGCCUAUUCUGACGAACUUCUCUUUUGGUUCCGCGUCGUUUGGAGCCCCGAUAUUGUUGCCGGUACAAAACUAAAAGCCAGCAACCCCAAUUACGUCCACAUCAACAGCCUUGAGUUCUUGGUAGCCUUUCUUCAGGAAGUUGCCACGGUUGUCCGCCUUGAAGGAACUUCCCAUGCCCAUCCAGGCCUGGCCCACAAAUUCCCCACCGGAUUUUCCCAAUUCCCAGUUCUGCUCAACCGCACUGACAACACACCCACUGAGAAAUGGAUGAAUGACGCCCGCACAAACAGCCCUUUUGCACGCCUUUUGGUCGACUUGCAUGGUCAGCUCCUCAAACGCUCCCCUCUGACUGCUCUUUCUGAUCAUAUCCCUGACAUUUUGCACUUUACCUUGGAUGAGAAACUACGAUUAUUUCCAGCCGAGUCCCGAACUUUGCUCCGUCCUGCGCUCCUGUCUAUUCUCCAAUCCAAAGCAGGCGCCACCGACGAUCCCCGCAAAUCUGGGACACUUCGUUCCCGCCGACUCCAUUUCCUCAAGUUUUGCUAUGAUAUGAAGCUGCGCGACGACUAUUUAAUGAAUGGCCCUGACUUCCUUCACGAACGCCGCGUCGCAACCUUUGCACUCUACACAGUGGCCCUUGCUACCGGUCGCACAAUUAAAGGCCAAUAUAUCAAGUCUGCCACAAUCAAGCAGUACCUCCAUGCGGCAGCAUCUUUUAUCUGCCUUUUCACCGGUCGUGAUCCCCGAUACAACAACCCGAGCGACACCAAAAUGUCACCCGAUAUUCAUGCCACCAUUGCUGAAGUGGAGCGCCAUGAAAACGUUCCCAAUAAACUUGAGCCCUAUACCCUCGACAUGCAACAACACCUCGAGCACCACAAUAUCGACACCAAAGCCCACCGAAACGGUCUCUGGAAAACAUGUGAAGACUGGAACAGUAUCGGCCUCCUUGACGGCCACCGCCUGUCCGAGUAUGCCCAAACUUCCGCCAACAAAAAUAUUGGCGACCAAGCAACCUUUGACGGAAUUUCCAUUGCAUUUUGUGUCGAAGAUGUAACCUGUUACGACAAGUCAAAACGCAAAGUAUCCAUUUCCGACUUCCUUCAGAAUCCAGACCUUGUUUGGCGAAUCAAAACGCGUUUCUCCCAUCAGAAGAACGGUAACCAUGGGGAAGAAAAACUUUUUAUUCGCAGCGAAAAGUCACCACUCCGUUGCUACAUCCGUCGGAUGCAUUCCAUCCUUUCCCGGUUUGACCGAUUAAUCGGAAUCACCACAACCAAUGUCCCCCUUGCGGUAUACCAAGAUGGCGCCCGCGUCCUCUUCCUUCAUGACGCCGAAAUCACCCGUGUCAUGCGCCAUGUUGCUUGUUCGCUCUACAACCUCGACCCCAAACAAGAUAAGAUCCAGUAUUCUUCCCACUCUAUCCGAGUUGGCGCCUGUGUCCUCCUCCACACCUCCGGGGCAACCACUGACCAGAUCAAGUUCCUCCUCCGAUGGAAAUCCGAUGCCUUCAUGGCAUACCUGCGCAACGUCGCCCAUCUGUGCAUGCAACAAAAUGAUGCAAUCACCAUGAUCGAUGCAACUACAUUUCUUAUAUAA